AUGUUCACUUCUCGCCAUGCCGAGGACCAAUUCCGAUUGCGCAUGCACCGCGCGCGCUCGGUCGACCUGACCAACGACGAGCUGGUGGAAGUGCGGGCGGCCCAACGGACCUUCGAAGGCGCCUACAUCCGCACCUCGCUGUCGCAGUUCUCGUUCGCGCUCAUCGUCCUCAAGAUCUUCACCUCCGAGUUCUAUUCGAUCGGCGCCCUGUUCGCCGUCUACGGCGCCGGCGUGCUGGUCGUCAGCGCGUACCGUCGCCAGCAAGGCAAUCGCCAGUUCUUCAGCGAGGUGGGCGACGAUGGCCUGGGCAGGAAACGCUUCAGAACUAGUGGUAACGUCGUCGUCGCGCUCACCGCCUUGAGUAUCGCCGCCUACAUCACCCUGCUGGUCUUGACGUUGAGGCUGGAAACCUGA